UAGUGAAUGCGGGGUCAAGAGAGAGUGGAUAUAGUGAAUGCAGGGUCCGGGGAGAGCGGAUAUAGUGAAUGCAGGGUCCGGGGAGAGCAGAUAUAGUGAAUGCAGGGUCCAGGGAGACCAGAUAUAGUGAAUGCAGGGUCCGGGGAGAGCAGAUACAGUGAAUGCAGGAGCGGAUAUAGUGAAGAAUGCAGGGUCCGGGGAGAGCGGAUAUAGUGAAUGCGGGGUCCGGGGAGACCAGAUAUAGUGAAUGCAGGGUCCGGGGAGAGUGG